UCCUUGUCUGCACAGCCCUUGGUGUCUUGGAGGGGGGAAAAGGAAAAAAAAAACUGCUCUUGAGCCAGCUGCCAACAUGCCGAUCGUCAAAGCUCCAGCCACCGACGAGAAAAUGAAGGCCUUUGCUGAGAAGGUCUUUGCCUCGGACGUGAAAGACGUCGAUGUCCGUGAGGAGAUCUCCCUGUUUUCGGUGCCAGAAGACUGUCCUAUUUUCCAUCAUGAGAUGAGCAAUGAAAUGUUUCAGAAAGAAGCACAAGAAAGUAUGCAGCAGAAGAAAAAGAAAAUCCAGAUGGCACAUACCAUCACAGUGGCAGUGCCAGUAACAGAGAAGGUUGAAUGUAAGCAUGUUUCCAUCCAGGAGGCUCAGAUAUCCACUCCUAUUUAUCUGGAGGUCCCCGAGUUCCAGCGUGUCACAAUCACUGGGGACUAUGCUGCCGGAGUAACUGUUGAUGACUUUGAGAAGUCUUGCCAAGGGCUUUACCGGGCCCUCACCAUCCGUGAGAAGUACAUGCGCCUGGCGUUCCAGCGAUUCCCUGCCACCGCCAGCAAGUUCUUACGCUCCAUUGAAGGCAACAUGUGGAAUGCAGCUGAGCAGGUGUUUCCAGUGUUCACAUCUCCAUGCAAAAUCGGUGAAGACCCCUUGGCAGCUGAUACCUUGCCUCCUAACCUGGGCUAUCAUGCCCAGAUGAAGCAUGGAGUAAUUUAUGUCUACACCAGCAAACAGGCCACCCAGCGAAAUGAUCCCCUUCCUUUGCCAUACCCGAAUUUUGAAGACUUCAUUGAUGACAUGAACUUCCUCAUUGCCCUCAUUGCUGACGGCCCCACCAAAACCUACACUCACCGAAGGCUGAAGUUCCUCUCCUCUAAGUUUAAUGUCCAUGAGAUGCUCAAUGAAAUGGAAGAGCUGAAGGAGCUCAAGAACAACCCACACAGGGACUUCUACAACUGUAGGAAGGUGGACACUCACAUCCAUGCCGCCGCCUGCAUGAACCAGAAGCACCUGCUCCGCUUCAUCAAGAAGUCCUACCGCGUGGAUGCAGAGAGGGUUGUGCAGGAGGUGAAGGGUAAAAAGUUGACUCUCAAGGAUGUCUUUGAUUCUCUGAAACUGCAUCCCUACGACCUGACCGUCGACUCCCUGGAUGUCCAUGCUGGCAGGCAGACCUUUCAGAGAUUUGAUAAGUUCAAUUCCAAAUACAACCCCGUGGGUGCCAGUGAACUACGUGAUCUCUACUUAAAAACAGACAACUUCCUUGAUGGAGAGUACUUUGCAACUAUAAUCAAGGAAGUGGCCUCUGACCUGGAGGAUGCAAAAUACCAAUACGCUGAACCCCGACUUUCCAUCUAUGGGCGCUCGACUGAGGAGUGGACCAAGCUCUCCGGAUGGUUCAACAAGCACCGGGUUCACUCGCCAAACCUGAAGUGGAUGAUCCAGAUCCCUAGAAUUUAUGACAUUUUCAGAGCCAAGAAUUUUGUGCCUCACUUUGGGAAAAUGCUGGAGAACAUCUUCCUCCCAGUCAUCGAAGCCACCAUCAACCCACAGAGCAAUAAGGAGCUCAGUAUCUUCCUUAAGCAUGUGACAGGAUUUGACAGUGUGGAUGACGAGUCAAAGCACAGUGGUCAUAUGUUUUCUACUAAGAGCCCCAAGCCUGAGGAAUGGAACAUUGAGAAGAACCCGUCUUACUCCUACUACAUCUACUAUAUGUAUGCUAACAUCAUGGUCAUCAACCAGCUUCGCAAGCAGCGAGGGAUGAACACCUUCCUGUUCCGUCCACACUGCGGUGAAGCCGGUGCGGUGACUCAUUUGCUGGCUUCUUUCAUGACUGCUGACAACAUCUCCCAUGGUCUCAACCUUAAAAAGAGCCCAGUCCUCCAGUAUUUGUACUUUCUGACCCAGAUUCCCAUCGCCAUGUCCCCUUUGAGUAAUAACAGCCUCUUCCUGGAAUAUGCCAAGAACCCGCUGCUGGAGUUCCAUCAGAAGGGCCUCGUCAUUUCUCUUUCCACUGAUGAUCCGAUGCAGUUCCACUACACUAAGGAGCCACUGAUGGAAGAAUACGCCAUUGCAGCCCAGGUGUUCAAACUCAGCACUUGUGACUUGUGUGAAAUCUCUCGGAGCAGCGUCCUGCAGAGUGGUCUCUCUCACGAGGAAAAAGUUCACUUUUUGGGAGAGAAUUACAUGAAAGAAGGUCCAGAGGGCAACGACAUCCGCAAAACCAACGUGGCUCAGAUCCGAAUGGCCUACCGCUACGAGACCCUCUGCUACGAGCUUGGCCUUGUUGUUGAGGGGCUCAAACAAGCAGAGUAACUUUUCUUC